CGUACUCUGUAGAAAGUUAACGUGCAUCUAUGGCUAAUAGACAUCCUUAAAAUCCUGAAUAUUCAAAUUCUCCUUUUCCGCCAGUUACCUUGAAAUAAUAGCUAUUCUACCCCUAUCCACUUCUUAGCAGAAUUCCUAGAUUAGUAGACCAGCCGACAUGUCAUCGGAUUCAGAUUCACCUUCAUUAUUUGAGGUGGAUUAUGGUCCCCGUCUACUUCGCAUAUUGACCCCUGUCUCGGUGAUUGUAACCUUUGCCGUUGGUCUUCGUAUUAUUAUGAGGAUAUACCGUACUUCUGGCAUCGGAAUUGAUGACUGGCUGAGUAUAGUUUCUCUCGUAUUUUCGUGGGCGCAGUACGCUCUUGUCGUUCUACUCGUCAAGAUCGGUGAAAUGGGAAGAUCAAUUAACUGGAACGAACCUCAGGGAAUUAUAGACCUCAAGGUGAUUUUUGCCAGCCGAUGGAUCUAUGCGACGACUAUCCUGACUACCAAACUCAGCAUCCUGAUGAUGUACAGGCGUAUCUUCCCGGUGCGGUUGAUGAAGAUAGGGUAUCUUGUCUUGGGCUCUAUUACUAUAGUGUGGUGGGCCGUUUAUGUCCUUGUCGAGACCUUUCAGUGCACUCCUGUUAAGAAGCUAUUCGACCCUGAAAUGAACGGCUACUGUAUUCCUCUCUGCAACUUUCUGUUAGGGAUUGUGAUUCCCAAUAUUGUCACCGACAUCGCCAUCCUAUGCCUACCCAUCUACGAGAUCAUGAACUUACACCUCACGCGUAGUCAGCGUGCCACUUUGUCCGUUAUUUUUCUGCUUGGAACAGGUGCAAUUGUUGCAAGUGGGAUCCGAUUACGAUACCAAAUCCAGUUGGCUUAUGGAACAUCUACAGACUUUACUUUGGUAAAUGUUAACUUUAUCCUAUGGACCACCUUAGAGCCCGACCUAGCGAUUAUUUGCGGCUGCCUUCCCGUGCUUGGACCGCUGUUUAAUAGCUUGCUUAGAAUGCGCCCUUUCACAUGGAUUCGCCAGUCCUUGGGUCGUGACUACGAUAAUGUCGAGGGAGAUAAAACGCCAGUUACUAUACGUGCACUUCGGAGCAUAGGCGGCACGUCGAUGCAUAGGGGCAAAAUAGGAAAAGGUAACAAAAGCCAGGACUUUAGAAUAUCGCACGGCUCUAUAAGACCAUUUAGGAAUCUCGAAGAUGAUUCAGAUAGUGUUGAAGUAAAUAGCCACGGACAUAGCAGGGAAGCUAAUCGAGGAACAUUCGGUCUGUGGCCCCAAGGAUAUGCCGCCGAGUGUUGUGCCGUGGUGAGAAAGACUGGGGGUGAUGGGGUCGAUGAAGUCCCGCUUGGAGUUAUCACGGUCGAGACUGUGGUUGACUGGAGGGAAAACAGUUCUUCUUCUGACACCGUAUAGUUUUUUAGAACCUAGGAUGUAACAUUACAUCUGAUAUAUAAUACGAAUUAUAGUAGUUGCGCGGGUCGCAACUUGUCGGCUGCUUAAGGUGGUUGGUAGGUAUAAUUGAUGCUGAUAGUCAUAUGUAUUGAUAAUAAUAAGAGAAUUUGGCUAUCCG